AUGGUGGGCGUGGUGUGUGCCACGUGGAUUUGGAGUCAGGUGGCUUUUGGAUCUUUCUAUCCGUUGCCCGUCGAUGGUGUAGAAAUUCGUGUUUCUUUCAUUCUGGAGGUUGCUGGUGGCAGAAUGCUGCGCAGGAUGGAGGGAAGGCAGCGGAGGGUCACUCUGGAGGCUGGGCACGCUAGCCGGGCAGUGAAGGGUGGGGCUGUACGGAGGCCCAGUGGGGGAGGGGGCAGGGAUGAGUGCUGGAGGCACAGGGGGCCCUGGCAGUCCGCAGCCCAGCGUUGCAGGCACCGAGUGUCCGAGGGUGGAGAUGCCCAGCCAGGGUCUGCCGAUGUGCUGCUGUGGUCAGCCAACAAGGUGUUUGAGGAGCUGACAGACAUCGAGAGGCAAUUCCACAAGGCCUUCUACACCGUGCGGGCCUAUCUGAACUGUGACCGAUACUCGGUGGGCCUCCUGGACAUGACCAAGGAGAAGGAAUUCUUUGAUGUGUGGCCUGUGCUCAUGGGAGAAUCCCAGCCGUACUCAGGCCCAUGCACGCCAACGGCCACGUAAGAAAUCAUCUUCUACAAAGUCAUUGACUACAUCCUCCAAAGUCAUUCCGUAAGUGCCAGGCUUCACAAUAGGCGUCCCCGCAGGAGGGACACCCUCAGCCCCAGGCGUGGCUUCAGGACCACAGUGGGCACUCCACCGGCCGCCCACUGGGCCCUGGCCAGCGGCCUUCCGCCCUGCGUGGCAGAAAGUGGCUUUGUGAGUCCCGUGCUGUCUGGGCCGCGGCCCUGCCCUGGCCUGGUGCCUCCCUGCCUGUCUCCCUGUGCCGCAGCCAGCCCUCAGCUGCUGCGCUUUGCCAGCUUCCAAGUUCGCCCCUUGCCAAUUCGUAACAACACGAAUGCCUCCGCUGAUGAAGUGUUCCAAUUUCAGCCAACCAGGGGGCGCCUGGGGAAGGAGCCUGCUGACUGCGAUGAGGACGAGCUCGGGUCGAUCUUGAAGGAAGAGCUGCCGAGGCCCAGGAAGUUUGACAUCUAUGAGUUCCACUUCUCUGACCUGGAGUGCACAGAACUGGAGUUGGUCAAAUGUGGCAUCCAGAUGUACUACGAGCUGGGCAUGGUCCGCAAGUUCCAGAUCCCCCAGGAGGUCCUCGUGCGGUUCCUGUUCUCUAUCAGCAAAGGGUUCUGGAGAAUCAACUACCACAACUGGUGGCAUGGCUUCAGUGGCCCAACAAUGUUCACGUUGCUCAUGACGGGCAAGCUGAAGGGCUACUACAUGGACGUGGAGGCCUUCACCAUGGUGACAGCCAGUCUGUGCCAUGACAUCAACCACCGCGUCACCAACAACCUGUACCAGAUGAAGUCCCAGAAUCCCUUAGCCAAGCUCCGUGGCUCUUUAAUUUUGGAACGCCACCACCUGGGGUUUGGGAAGUUCCUGCUCUCGGAGGAGAGCUUGAACACUUACCAGAACCUGAAGCGACGUCAGCAUGAGCACGUGAUCCACCUCAUGGACAUUGCCAUCACUGCAACAGACCUGGCGCUCUGUUUCAAGAAGAGGAUGAUGUUCCAGAAGAUCGUGGACGAGCCCAAGAAAUAUGAGGACAAGAAGAGCUGGGUGGAGUACCUGUCCCUGGAGACAACGCGGAAGGAGAUUGUCAUGGCCAUGAUGAUGACGGCCUGUGACCUGUCUGCCAUCAAGGUUAGUGCUCAAGUUGCUCUUCUGGUGGCCGCUGAGUUCUGGGAACAAGGUGACUUGGUAAGGACAGUCUUGGAUCAGCAGCCCAUUCCUAUGAUGGACAGGAACAAGGCAGCAGAGCUCCCCAAGCUGCAGGUUGGCUCCAUCGACUUCGUGUGCACAUUCCUGUCCAAGUGUUUCGCCCGUUUCCACGGAGCGAUCCCGCCGUGUCUGAACGGUGCAGAGCGGCAGGAGGGAGCGGAGGCGCCGGCCGAGGAGUGCGAGGCCAAGGCGAAGGCCCUGGAGGGGGAGGAGGAGGAGGAGGAGGAGCAGCCACCGAGAAGGGGCUGCGCUCCCGGCCCGGCCCGCGGGGCGGCACCGCCGGACCUCCCGGUGGGCACAGAAAUUUGCAAUGGUGGCCCAGCAGCCAAGUCUUCAACCUGCUGCCUCCUGUGA